AAAAUGAAAUCCUGAGUCUUAUAAAUGUUAUGGAUUGCGAAUUUGCAAAUUAUAAACUCAUUCCUUCAUUAUAAAGUAAACUGCCUACAUAAUUAUUAGAUGAACAAGUGAAAAUCAAUGAUGGAGAGCAUCUUAAAUUUACAGAAUCUUAAAUAAAUUAAAAAGGAGAAUAAGCACUAAAAGUAGUAGAUUCAAAAUAUGAAAUAUUUGAUUUGAUUCUUCUAUCUGGGACACAAAUAUUAUCUGAUCUUGCUAUAUAGUAAUCUCUUUCACAUUCUUAUCUGCAUCCAAUUCCAGUUUAAGCAAACUAAUGAGAAGGGUCACAAGUACAAGUGUUGCCUGAUUAUAGAGUACCAAAAUAACAUGUUAGACAAUUAGUGGAACUUGAACACGUUUUACAAGUUGGUAAACAAUAUUUGACGUAAACAAAUAAAUUUCGUACCCCAAUAGUUUAUAUCUGGUUUACGUUGUUGAUUCCUAUUGAGAUGUUGAAAAUUUCUUGGUAUUGCACCUAAGAUGUACC